AUGCAGAAGAGGCUGAGGAGACUGGAAAAGAAAGAAAGAAAAAGAGCAAAAAAGAAUGACGCCUCGGAUGAUAUCGACAAUUGUGAAAGCGUGGCCAACUCUGAGGUGGGCUUGGAAAGUAGAAAGGAAAUUGAAAACAAGGAAGAGACGUCUGUUGUGGUCAAAAAGAUUCAGGCAACUGUCAUCCCACCAGCAUUGCGAAAUCGGAACAAGAAAAUGUAUCGGCAGUGGAUUUGGACGUUUUUGGUUGUCAUCGCUGUUUAUAUCCUCUUCUGCAUUGGGAAUUCGGAUGUGUUUAUAAGAAUAACUGCUGACUGGCAAAUCUUGCACUAG